AUGGCAAAUCUACUAUCCCUCUGUCUAGUCUUUCUCAUAAACGUGUCUCUUUUUGUCAGUGCACAGGCACCCAAAAGGAGAUUUGAAUAUAAACUGAGUUUUAAAGGUCCUCAUCUUGUACAGAGAGAUAACAGUGUUCCAUUCUGGGAAUAUUUUGGAGAUGCCUUGGCAGGAGAUGAAGGCAUAAGGAUAACACCUUCAUUGAGGAGCAAGAAAGGUUCUGUAUGGUCCAAGAACAAACUUGAAGCCAAAGGCUGGGAGAUUGAGGCCGGCAUUCGGAUCACAGGCAGAGGUAGAGUUGGUGCAGAUGGCUUGGCCAUCUGGUUUACUGAAGGACGAGCAUCACAGACUGAUAACCCUGCAGACCUUGUAGUAUUUGGAGCAGCUGAUAGAUGGAAGGGAUUAGGUGUCUUCCUGGACUCCUUCGACAACGAUGGCCAGCACAACAACCCAUACAUCAUGGCCGUUGUUAACGAUGGGACUCUGGCGUACGACCAUCAGAAUGAUGGCAGCACACAGCAUAUUGGUGGAUGUUUGAGGGAUUUUCGCAACAAACCGUUUCCUGUCAGAGUGAAGAUUGAAUAUUACAACCAAGUGCUGACGGUGAAGGUUCACAACGGUCUGACAAACAACCCAAAUGACUUUGAAAUUUGCUUGAGUGCAUCCAAUGUGGUAUUGCCAGCUUCAGGAUACAUUGGAAUCUCUGCUGCCACUGGGGGAUUGGCUGACGACCAUGAUGUUCUCUACCUGUUGACACACAGUCUCCAUGACCCUACUGCAGAAUCUACCCAGGUCUCAGAGGAGGAGCGGCAGAAAUUUGAAAAGGAAUUUGAGCAGUACCAGGAGGAGCUAGACCGGGCAAAACAAGAUUAUCGCAAGGAGCACCCUGACCAAAAAGAUGAAUACCAGGAUGGGGACGAACAAUGGUACCAGAGUCAGAACGACAAGGAGUUGAGACAAAUCUUUGACGGACAGAACGUGAUUCAUGUCAUUCUGAAGGACUUAAACAGGAAGUUGGAUGAGCUGAUGGGCAGACAGGAGAUUGUCAUUUCGAGGAUCAAUUCACUUCCAGUUGGUCAAGGACAACCUCAAGGGCAGCCUCAACAGUUGGGUCAGCAGCCUGUGGCUGGUUCCAUCCAGAGACAUGAGGUGGACAGGGUCCUCGGCAAUCAGAACAGUCUGUUGCAACAGCUGGGAGAAUUAAAACUUGUGAUUGGUGAUGUUCAACAUAAAAUCAACACUAUCCAGAGCAAGGGCACUGGCUCGGCUGCAGGAGUCUCAGACCAGAUGGCCUUGCAUGAGAUCAAGGAUAGGGUGAACACUGUGGGCAAUGAUGUCAAGAGUUUGUUGAGUAAACCACAGGCUAAUUUACAGUGCCCGCCCUCAUCUUCUGAGAGCUGUCUAUCAGCAACCGUGUUCUUCAUAGGAUUAGUGGCACAGUUUGUCUUAACUAUUGGAUAUUUUGUGUACAGAUCUAACAAGGAAGCUCAAGCUAAGAAAUUCUACUGA